UUAUUACUAUUUUUGGGCUUUUUCUUAAAAAAAAAAAAAAAUUAAGCAAAAAAAUGAAGGGUUUACAUUUGCAUGUUGAAGAUCAUGAAAAUGUAACAAACCCUACAACUGGUUUUGGUACGACUGUUGAUGCUAUGGAGGAAGAAAGAGAAAUCUGGUUAGAAAGAGAACAAGAAGAUCUGUUAGAUGUGAAUAAUUCUUCGAUCUUUUAUGAUGAUUACCCUGCUUUACCAGAUUUCCCUUGCAUGUCAUCAUCUUCUUCAUCUUCGUCAACUCCUGCACCGGUCAAGGCCAUGGCUUCAUCAUCAUCUUCUUCUUCAGCUUCUUCUUCGUCAUCCGCCGCUUCCUGGGCAGUUUUGAAGUCAGACGCAGAAGAAGAUGUGGAGAAAAAAAUUCAUGAUCAUAACCAGCAUCAUCAUUAUCAUAAUCAUCAGGGUCAAUAUGAUCCCUUGGAACCAACCGCAGCUGCCUUAUCUUCUACUGCUUCAAUGGAGAUCUUACAGCCACCUGAUCAAGAUGUUGGUGUUGGUUGCAUGAGCAUGAUGGAUAAUUUCGGUUACAUGGAUCUGAUCGAAAACAAUGAUUUUUUGGAUCCUUCUUCGAUAUUUCAAGCUGAUGAAAAUUUCUUGGAAGAGUUCAAUACAGAGCAGAAUCUGCAACAGGAACUGCAGGUGCAACAGAGAAAUGAAGAGUUAGCAAUGGAAACAAAAAGUGAAGUGACUCAAAAACAAGAAUCAGGGGAAGGAGCUUCAGAUGAUCUAGCAAUGGUGUUUUUAGAGUGGUUAAAGAGCAAUAAAGAGACUGUUUCUGCAGAAGACUUAAGAAAAGUCAAAAUCAAGAAAGCUACUAUAGAGUGUGCUGCUAAGCGUUUGGGUGGUGGUAAAGCAGCUAUGAAACAAUUGUUGAAGUUGAUUCUUGAAUGGGUUCAAACUAAUCAUCUUCAAAAAAGGAGGAUGAAAGAAUCAUCUCAAGACCCUCUGCAAAACCCUAACCCUAAUCUGAAUUGUAGUAAUUCUAUUCAGCCAGAUCAAUCAAAUCCUUGUUUCUCUCAAUCACCUUGGAUUGCACCUCCACCUUAUAUUUCCGACCCGGCAGCCACAGGCAUGCAGGGUUUUCAACCUAUGGUUGGGUACAUGGCUGACCCGUUUGUUAAUGGAGCUUCUAACAUGGCUGGCCAAUCUUAUCCUCCACCACAACCACCGCAACCGCCAUCAUCCUCAGAUUAUCAAAUGCUUGAUUCUGCUCAAUCUUGGUCCGCAUCACAAUUUGCUUUAGCUUCUCAUUACUCACCAUUUCCAGAUAAUAAUCUCCAGCCGGUACCAACGCACCCGAAUGUAUUUAGCGGAUAUGGAAAUCAAUACCCAUGUCAGUAUCUCCCUACCCAAGUCGGUGAUACGUUGGUGAGAUUGGGUUCCUCAGCUACCAAAGAAGCAAGAAAGAAGAGAAUGGCUAGACAAAGAAGGUUUAUGUCACAUCAUAGAAAUCACAAUCACCAAAACAAUAACCAACAAAACCAGAAUCAAAAUCAGAAUACAGUAAUAGAUCACCAUGGAAGGCUUGGAAGUGAUAAUAUAACACCAGCAGCUCAGCCGCCUAAUCCCGGUAAUUGGGUUUACUGGCCUGCAGCUGUCGGCGGUGUUGCUGUUUCAACCACGCCUGUUCUACCUAUGGAUGCACCGCCGGUUCAUACAGUGGAUCGACCGGCCAUGCAAUCACAUCAGAAUCAUCAACGGCAAGUGGCAUCAGAUAGGCGACAGGGUUGGAAACCAGAGAAGAACCUGAGGUUUCUCCUUCAAAAGGUGCUGAAGCAGAGUGAUGUGGGUAAUCUUGGGAGGAUAGUGUUGCCGAAGAAAGAAGCAGAAACUCAUUUACCAGAAUUGGAGGCAAGAGAUGGGAUUUCUAUUGCAAUGGAAGACAUAGGGACUUCUAGGGUUUGGAACAUGCGUUAUAGUUUCAGAUUCUGGCCCAACAACAAAAGCAGGAUGUACCUCCUAGAAAACACAGGAGAUUUUGUGAGAACAAAUGGACUUCAAGAAGGAGAUUUCAUUGUCAUAUACUCGGAUGUCAAGUGUGGCAAAUAUUUGAUAAGAGGAGUGAAGGUGAGACAACCGGGAGCGAAACCAGAGAAUAAGAAAGCAAGAAAAUCACCAAAAAACUCACAUGCAAGCACUCCUGCAACUGUUAAUGGAUCCUCUUCUAAUACAAAUCAAACCCAAACGGUAAAGUGAAUGGUAGUAGAAAAAGAAGACACUUUCUCUCUCCUUCAUGCAUGAAAAUGGAUGGACAAGUGGAUGGUCAAGAUGUUGUGAUAAGAGUAAGUUGGUAUGGAAAACCCUAGAUUCUCUGCACAAUCCAAUCAACAGUCUCUGAUUUCUGAGUCAAAAUCAUGACAACAGCCAAGAGAGAGUAUUAAGGAGACGGUUAAUUAGUUAAUAAUAAUAAUAAUAAUAAUAAUAAUAAUAAUAAUAAUAAAUAUAUAAUUAAAUGGAUGUUUGUAUCAUUAAUUUGAGUUUUAGUUUUGGGGUUGCCCCUUACAUUAUACUAGUAUUACUAUACAAUGUUUUGUACUUGUGCCAGUUAACUGUUGAUACUACGUUACUGCUUUGCAAGAGUA